GAGCUGCGGACAUGGAUAAAUCUGGCAGAGGAGGAGCAGGCUUUGAAUUACAGGCCGGCCCCUCUCCAUCACCCAGCCCCCAACACAGACGCUACAUUCAACAGAGGAAACGGAAAAGACGAAACAUACAAGAAGGUUUUUCAUUUCAAAACCCCGGGGCUGUGGAAAGAACAGAGAGUUCCUUUUUUUUUUAAUAAACUUGUCCAGUUUGGGUUGCAUUCUCAGACCACAAACCCGGCCUCCCAUCACGUUAUUUCCCUUCAUUUCCCCAGCUGUUUGCAGCUGGCAGAAAGCACCCGCCCUGUUCGGGAAAAAGGGACCGAGAGUGACUGGAGGAGGAGAGAGAUGCCACCCCAACCUUUGCAGUCGCAGGUGAGGAAGAAUAUCCAGAAGUUCCUCAAGAGUUUUUUGGGAAUUAUCCGCAUCCUGCAGAUUGUGUUCGGAGCCGGGUUGUGGGUCACCAUCGCCGCAAACAAAUACGAAGGAUCCAUCCACUUCGUCCUGUUCGUCGCAGUCCUCUUCUGGCUCCUCACCCUCGCCCUUUUCUUCCUCACCCUGCUGGACAAGCAGGACCUCGUCCCGCUGCUGGGAGGGGAGCGCUGGUUGUCCACCAACCUGGCGCACGACGUGGCCGCCGCCGUUCUCUACCUGCCGGCCAUAGGUGUCAUGAUCUACAAGACGGAUCGCAACUCGUACUGCAACCUGGAGCAGUACAAGCACCUCUGUCUGUACAAGGUCUACCUGACAGCUGCCGUGUUCGCCUGCCUGUGCUGCCUGGCUUACCUCCUGUCGGUUAUUAAUGGAGCGUGCAGGAAGUGUCGAGGAGAACAGACGGUCAUCUGAUAAGACUGAAGGGGGGUGAUGGCAACAGGGAGGCAGGGGGGUAUGGGUCCUUUAGUGGGGUAUCCACAGCAAGAUGAUGAAUAGUUAACUUCACUGUAAUUUAACUCAACAGCUACUCUAAUCACAGGUGUGUCUCUCUUGUCUCCCCACACCAAACUUUCCACUUUGGUAGUGAGGCAUCCAAAAUCAUUCUGUCAGUGAAUUUAAGUGUAGCUGACAUGAAAAUACCCAAUCAGCUCCUGGUACAGAGGCCUACCCAGGAUGGGAAUCUGAUUGGUGAGAUGUGUUAGGAGGUCUGAGGCAUUGUACCCCUUUUAUUAAGGCAUGUGUGUCUGUCUCCUAGUUGUAGUUAAGGCCAUGCCUCCACCUCUUACGUUUGUUAUCCACUAAUUUAGGCUAAUGUAAUUUUUCUUUAUAAAGAAUCAUUAUAAUAGUCCAGUAGGUGCUAUUAUAGUGGCAAUAUAUUCAGUGUUUACAAUACAAUUGGCUUUACAUACAUUUGUAGAUUUGUGUUGAGUAGCUGUCCAUCUAAAACCCCUCAUAGGAUUUAUUUUACAAGGGAUUCUUUUCAUUGCCCUUUUUUAAUGUAUAUUGUUUUUACAGGUUUUUUUGUACGACAGCAAACUAUACUGAACAGUUACUGAAGCGUGGUAGGCUACUCCUUUGGAUCAGCUCUGUUUUAGUUUUGUCUCACUUAAAAGCUGCAAACAGGUUCAUAAGUGCCUUCUUUCAGAAUGCUGUAUACUCAACCAGGUUGUGACAACAACAUCUAACAAUAUAUAUGGAUGUGAUCGGUGCUACAAUGUGUAUGCUAAACAAAAAUAUUCCUCAAGUGUCCAUUAUGUAAAAGCCAAAGAAUAAAGAGCAGUAAGUGAGAGCCGGUGAUAUGUUUCCUUGGUUAUGAGCAUGUAUUGGUACGCAAAAGUGUUUAAACAAACAGCGUCAAGGAAAACUGUAAAAUGCUUUGUUAAUUUUGUUUGAGUACUUUGAGUUAAAAGUAGAAAAAGAGCAGGGCCACAUUUGGUGUUUUUUUGAAAAUGAAACACAGAUUCAGAGGGACUAUUGACGGAAGCCCUCAGGAAAUUCCUGUUGGGAGAUAAAAGCUUUGGCCAAUCAGCAGGGAUCAUUUAUAUGCAAUGCCACUUGACCACAUGAAAGACAUAGAUCCUUAUCUGUGUCUCUAACAGAUGAGGAGAGAGACACACAUGCACACACACACGCUGACAAUCUGUAUGCCUACGCUGUAUGAUAGAAAGAAUGUGUGUGUGUUGCAUGAGAGUUAACCUACUUUUGGAAACAACGUGUGCGUGUUGUGUGUAAUAAUCUGGGAAGAGGCUUGUUCUUACCGGAACAGUCUGUUGGGGUUCUGGAGGUGGGCUGACGUUCAGCCAAUGAAAAUUAAGCAGUGGAAGAUUAUUCAGUGUCUCGUCUAUUCCAGUCGGCAUGCAGUUCUUAAAAACACAUGCUGCAGACAAGUUGGUUUAACAGAAACCAAAGCCACGCUGUGACAACUCUGUUUGGAUGCCUUCAUACAGUCAGCAGGAAAGUAGCAUCACUACAUGUGAACAGUUGUGUAGCUCUCUGACAAAUUUGUGUUUAUACUUUGCAAACUUGUUGUUGCUGGCCUGGGGCAUAUGGUGAAAAAUGCUGCAGAAUACUCGCACAUAAACACACCCUUUACCUUUUUGGGCAUUUUGCUUCACUCUUGUUCCGCUGCCAACUGAAUGCAAUUAGUUCUUCUGGGAAAAGAGCAUUAGAGAUCAAAUGUUGCAUUGUCACAGCUCCAGAUUCAUAAUCAAGAAUCCAAACAAAGGCAACAAAAAUGCGAAAAAAAAAAGAGAUUAGAAUAUAAAUGCAGCAGCUUUACAAUAAAGUAAUGAAAGAUAAAGAUGUGAGAAAUAUCUUACAGCUUGCAGGGAAUAUCUGCUGUUACCUGAUUUAUACACGUAACUUUGACUUAUUUUUUGGUUACAUUUCAGAGGUGAAGUGAAACUAAAAAAGUGACCAUAUAAAGACAGAGACAGAUCAAACUGCAAGUAGGGAAACUGUUAAAUGCUUUGCCUAUUUAGUGUGUAAAUGAACAACUGUACAGUAGGCUAUAUCAUCCUCUUGGUCAGCGGCCUUUCUAUGCAAUGACGACAGGAAAACUACAAUGUGUGUGUGCAAGGUGACAUCUGUGCCCAGAGUUACAGGAGUGUAGGGUUAAUGUUGCAGCUGCAGGAUAUAAAUCUAGCACUUCUAAAGGAGGAAAGGAGCCCCCCCCCUCCCUCCUCUCCCCCUCUGAGAUUUCCACAGAAGUGUUGUCCUGUCCACGUGUCGGUGCCUGUGGAAACACACUGCUACACAACCAAAUAGAGACAAUACACAACAGCCCUGUGUGGUGCAUAAACAAAGCAAUGAAUCCAGGGCUCAGUUUGAUACUGAAAGUAACCAUGGUGGAUCAUUUAAGUUUGGGAUGACUCACAACUAUAGCAUAUGCUGACAAUUAAGGCCAGAAAAUGAUUCUCCACAUUUACCCUGCUUCCCACAUUAACAGGCUCCUUAUUAUUACACAGCCCACAGUUUAUAGAUGUCGAGUCUUUUCAGAUUUGUCAGUUUUGUGUAUAAGCCCAUUUUGAAUUUAAUCCUCAAACAACACAUCCAUGUCCAAACAAGAAACCUGUGUAAUUAUAGGUAAUAACACAAAUGUUUGAAUCCUACCUCCUGACACUAUUAGAAGGGUGUGGGCACCACAAGAGUGAGGUUGUUGUAUUUUUUUUCCAGCUACACAGACAGUUAGGAAAACCCAGACAAAUUGGUAUAAGGACGUAUAGAGCCAGGCGCUUCACUGCAGUGCCAACUGUGUGAUAUUUCUUUUGGCCACUCAUCCAAAGAGACAUUUCCUGUAUGAGCUCUCCCACCCGUCUGCAAGCGACCAACCCAACGUCCAAUAGUCAUCAUAGCUCCUCGAAACGGUUCCUCUGGCGCUCCCUGAAAGUACAGUGUCAUGCACGCUGAUCCCAUGGACUGAUGUCACCUCACAGAAAAACUGAUACAGAGUUUGCUGGCAGAAAAUAUGAGUUCUGAAGUCCAAAUGUAUAACAAUGACAUAACUGAGACUCAUGGCUGUAAUUUAAUCACUACAGAGCGAUUGUAAAUCUAUAGAGAAAUGGUAGGAAUGUCUUUUGUCCCUCUCAGUAAAAAUUCUGAUAAACUUGGAAACUUGUUUUGAUUGGCUUCUUGCCUGCCAACAUAGUGGUGUACAGAACACAAUGUCAGCUGCAGAAAAGCAUAAAUGGAGCUGGUAGAAACAUGUCUUAUUCAGAUCUAUUUUACCAGGCCAGAUGAUUGCCAUCAAAGGUAUUUAAUUCAAGUAUUCUUGCUAAAAUAAAAAUGUAUAAAUCUUAUAAUUACA